GAACUUCAAAUUAAUAAGGGACGUGAAGCGUGAUGUCCUGUUUGUGAACAGAAACAAGGUUCACCUCAUCCAGAGUGUUACCAUGGUGAUUCCCAUAGCAUUUUACUUGAUCCGUUCUGAGAGGUACUCUAAGAUCCAUGCUGCCAGGACCACAAAGGACCAGAUGAGACUGUUGUACUUGUACUUGACUGCUCUAGAAGAAGCAGUACACUCAAGACGGGUGAAAUCAGACUUUUACAGGAUUCUACUGGAUCUGGAACCUGACGUUGUCAUCGACCUGGGAGCCAUAUUUGUGGACAUCCAUAAGUAUCAACUCAUUCAGAAGGUUACCAAUGUGAAGCCCAUCCUUCAUGAGCUGUUCUAUAAGGACUUGUACUGUAACACCAGGAUCAACCAGAUGACCAGCCAGGACCAGAUGAGACUGUUGUACCAGGCCCUAGAAGAAGCAGAAGACACAAGAAGGGUGAAAUUAGACUUUUACAGGAUUCUCCUGGAUCUGGAAUCUAACCUUGUCAGAGACUUGGACAAGCUCAAAAUAGAGACUGUAUCAUCUGCAGGUUCUAAUUGGACGGAAGACAGUGACUUUUAUGAAGUCAAUAAAAACCUGACUGUACAGCUGGACAAGGUCACAAUAGAGAGGGAUGAACUCAAAGGAGAGCUGAAGGAGGUCAAAGGAGAGAGGGAUGAACUCAAAGGAGAGCUGAAGGAGGUCAAAGGAGAGAGGGAUGAACUCAAAGGAGAGCUGAAGGAGGUCAAAGGAGAGAGGGAGGAAGCUAGAGAGAUCCAAUCCCUCUCCACCUCUCCAGGAGGUCAACAGGAAACACAGACUCCUUCCCAAAAGUCUAAGAGGAUUGACGGGAUGGAGAUGAAGUCUUUACCUGAGAAGAGGCCUUUACUGGCUGCUGGACCACAGAAUGAUGAUCUGGAUGAGAUGGAGAGGGGAGGAAGAGUUACUAUAGACAAUAACUCUAUGCUAUAGGGUUACUAUAGAGAGACUAUAACUCUAUGCUAUAGGGUUACUAUAGAGAGACUAUAACUAUAGAGCUGAGUUACUAUAGAGAGACUAUAACUAUAUGCUAUAGGGUUACUAUAGAGAGACUAUAACUAUAUGCUAUAGGGUUACUAUAGAGAGACUAUAACUAUAGAGCUGAGCUUGAAUGGAAUAAUGGACUAAUGUCUCCUGGUACAGACUCUCUUAUGUCCAGUACCUGAUCAUCAGGUAUAUCAACCAGACUAAUGUCUCCUGGUACAGACUCUCUUAUGUCCAGUACCUGAUCAUCAGGUACAUCAACGAGACCACAGGACUAAUGUCUCCUGUUACAGACUCUCUUAUGUCCAGUACCUGAUCAUCAGGUAUAUCAACCAGACCACAGGACUAAUGUCUCCUGUUACAGACUCUCUAUGUCCAGUACCUGAUCAUCAGGUACAUCAACCAGACUAAUGUCUCCUGUUACAGACUCUCUUAUGUCCAGUACCUGAUCAUCAGGUACAUCAACCAGACCACAGGACUAAUGUCUCCUGGUACAGACUCUCUUAUGUCCAGUACCUGAUCAUCAGGUAUAUCAACCAGACCACGGGACUAAUGUCUCCUGGUACAGACUCUCUUAUGUCCAGUACCUGAUCAUCAGGUAUAUCAACCAGACCACAGGACUAAUGUCUCCUGGUACAGACUCUCUUAUGUCCAGUACCUGAUCAUCAGGUAUAUCAACCAGACCACAGGACUAAUGUCUCCUGUUACAGACUCUCUUAUGUCCAGUACCUGAUCAUCAGGUAUAUCAACCAGACUAAUGUCUCCUGUUACAGACUCUCUUAUGUCCAGUACCUGAUCAUCAGGUAUAUCAACCAGACCACAGGACUAAUGUCUCCUGUUACAGACUCUCUUAUGUCCAGUACCUGAUCAUCAGGUAUAUCAACCAGACCACAGGACUAAUGUCUCCUGUUACAGACUCUCUUAUGUCCAGUACCUGAUCAUCAGGUAUAUCAACCAGACCACAGGACUAAUGUCUCCUGGUACAGACUCUCUUAUGUCCAGUACCUGAUCAUCAGGUAUAUCAACCAGACCACAGGACUAAUGUCUCCUGGUACAGACUCUCUUAUGUCCAGUACCUGAUCAUCAGGUAUAUCAACCAGACCACAGGACUAAUGUCUCCUGGUACAGACUCUCUUAUGUCCAGUACCUGAUCAUCAGGUAUAUCAACCAGACCACAGGACUAAUGUCUCCUGGUACAGAUUCUCUUAUGUCCAGUACCUGAUCAUCAGGUAUAUCAACCAGACCACAGGACUAAUGUCUCCUGGUACAGACUCUCUUAUGUCCAGUACCUGAUCAUCAGGUAUAUCAACCAGACCACAGGACUAAUGUCUCCUGUUACAGACUCUCUUAUGUCCAGUACCUGAUCAUCAGGUAUAUCAACCAGACCACAGGACUAAUGUCUCCUGUUACAGACUCUCUUAUGUCCAGUACCUGAUCAUCAGGUAUAUCAACCAGACCACAGGACUAAUGUCUCCUGGUACAGACUCUCUUAUGUCCAGUACCUGAUCAUCAGGUAUAUCAACCAGACCACAGGACUAAUGUCUCCUGUUACAGACUCUCUUAUGUCCAGUACCUGAUCAUCAGGUAUAUCAACCAGACCACAGGACUAAUGUCUCCUGUUACAGACUCUCUUAUGUCCAGUACCUGAUCAUCAGGUAUAUCAACCAGACUAAUGUCUCCUGGUACAGACUCUCUUAUGUCCAGUACCUGAUCAUCAGGUAUAUCAACCAGACCACAGGACUAAUGUCUCCUGUUACAGACUCUCUUAUGUCCAGUACCUGAUCAUCAGGUAUAUCAACCAGACUACAGGACUAAUGUCUCCUGGUACAGACUCUCUUAUGUCCAGUACCUGAUCAUCAGGUACAUCAACCAGACCACAGGACUAAUGUCUCCUGGUAGAAUUUGUUGAAAUGUUUAUAUUUCUAUUGUAGCUUCAACCUGUCAGCUUCUAUUGUAGCUUCAACCUGUCAGCUUCUAUUGUAGCUUCAACCUGUCAACUUCUAUUGUAGCUUCAACCUGUCAGCUUCUAUCGUAGCUUCAACCUGUCAGCUUCUAUUGUAGCUUCAACCUGUCAAGUUCAACCUGCUUUGUGAACAAGACUGAUAAAACCAUUUAUUGAAAUGUUUAUAUUUUAGCUUCAUGUCAAUGUGCCAGUUUUUUAUUUGACUUUAAGUGUUAAAUUUUGCUCUACUUUUUUAUUGUCACCUUGAUUAUAUACAGAGGGGUCAAAUUAUUGACAUCCUUGCUGAGGAUCAUGACUAUAUUAAAUAAAUAAAGUACUGACCUAUUGUAUGCUCAAAAUACAUUGUAAAUUAUAUUAUUUUAAAAUAAUAUAAUUGCUCAGAGAAAUAUGUUUGUGUAAUGUAUUUUUGUUGUAAAAGGUUAGGGGUCAAAAUGAUUGACAGCCAAAAUCUACAGGAGUGUGAUGAUGUCAUUGCUAUGAAUAUAGAACCAGAUACUGACCUUGUGACUAGUUUAUUACUCUUUAGGGGGGUCAAUCAUUUAGAAAAUAAAUACUACUUGUUAAACUAAAUAUUUUAAUCAGAUCAAUCGUAUUAGUAUAAAAUAAUAUAAUUGACAUGUUGUUGAGCAGAUGAUAGAGCUCAGUAUUUAAAUUAUUUAUCUAUAAUUCCAGACCCACUGUAUAUUAUAUAUUGAUCAUGUUUAUACAGUUGAAUGGUAUUUUCCAUGUAUUGAUGAUUUAUUGUUUUAAUAAACUAUGACAUCAUUGUGUCAGAACGUGA